CCCAGACGCGGGUGGCCACAUUUCUUAUCCUGGAAUUACACAACCGAGACUGGAUAUUUGGUUACCCUGAAUGACGGCAAAGAUAUCAACAAACGUGUACAUGUCGCGGAAAAAGUUGGUACAGCUCAGUUGGCACAAGUGGUAGCUAAUGUUCGCCAGCUAACGCUAACAUUAGCAAACAGACUGCUGAACCAAACUGAACAAGUUUGAAGAAGUUGGUGAUUUUACUUAUCAUGAGACCACCAUCGUGAAUGUGGACAUCUAGACACACCGGGUCGUUUACGUAAAGGUGAACGGGAGAGAUGAGGAGCAGCAAGAGGACUGAGGCGUCUCUUAAAAGCUCUGCUCUGCAGCUCACUGAUCAUAAUAUUGGCACAGAGCUGACAACUGCAUGGAAAGGUUUGGCUCAGUCCAAAGCUGCUUUGCGGCACAUAGAAAACUGUAUAGAGGCAACUCCAGGGUCAUCAGUUCUCCUGGACUCUGUCAUGGACCCCCCCAGGAAGAAAUCCUCCAGAACAGUCCGCUGCAGGGAUGGACAAGUUGAUGACAUUGGAGGGUCUUCAAAGCACAGGGGGCGUAGUCAACAAAGCCCAGAAAAGAGCAGCUCUCGCAGCCCACUGAGAAAUGCCACUCAAGACAGCAAUGUCCGCAAGAACAACAGUGUGGAGUUCAGGGAACCACUGGCCUCAUACAGAGAGGCCACCCCACCACCACAUCCCUCCUCUCAGCUGGAGGUCUACAGCCUGCAGUCAGUGCCAGGGUCUUCGUACCCAUCCUCUCCACCUCCCUUAGAUCCUCUGCUUAGCCAGCUGGUCUACCAGCGAGACACCAGGGACAAACAGACACACAGGGACCUGGACAGCACACACUCCUCGGCUCUGGAGAGCACCGAGGUCCGCUACCUCAAUGACCAGCCAGCCCUAGACACCCUGAGGACUGUUGCAAACCUGUCACAUCUGACAGGUGUAAGAGUCCCAGCAAGGGAGGGGGCUAAGGAGGACAGCACUCCCAAAGCACAAUUUUCCCAGAGCAUGGACAGCCAAGAGUCAAGCUCAUGUGUAGCUCCAGCCCCAGGCUACACACGUCGAGGGGAGAGCACUCCCUCCACCAGCCCUGGCUCAGCUUCCCAGCGGUUGGAGAACCUGAGGCGACAUCAGCCCGAUGAUAAGCUGGAGAAGCUCAAAGAGCGUAUUCGAAGGCAGAGACAACAUCUGGAGGAGGCUGCAGAGAGAGAGAAGAUGUUGGGUUAUCUAGAACAGCCCAUAAUGGCCACCGUGGGGAGUAACAAUAGUGGUACAAGCAACAUGCCCUCAGCCAAAAUACGGAAAGUAACAGCUGCACCGCCUGCACCUAUAUACAAAGGGUUCAACAGUACUGAGACAAAGAUCCGGACUCCUGACGGGAAAGUUUGGAAAGAGGAGGAGUUUCAUAACCUCAGUAGAGAAAUAUACAGAGACUUGUCACGACAGUUUGCUGAGAGCACCAGAUCCAGGCAUCAGCAGCAAAGGGAACCGAGAACAGACAGACCUAAAGAGAGGAGGGCUCCCAAACCAGUCAGGAAGGUCCACAGAGCUGCUGCCGCCUCUGACCUAAAUGCAAAACCAGUGAUUAGCCCUGCUUCGUGGCGGGAGGGCCAAAAGCUGGUUAAGAUGGUACUGGGUCCAGUUCCCAGGCUGUCCAGAGAGGACAGGUCUCUACCAGAUGACAGACUGAGCAGAACAGCUUCCCGUCACCGCUCCAGUUCACACCCACGCUCAGAAUCAAACCAACGAUCUCGUCCUAAUAGCACAGAAAGGUCUUGCAGUUCAUUUCAAGGGCAAUCCAGAGGCCACUACACAACCACAUACACCCCCCCAUGUGCAGCUCAGGACAAAACGCCAGUGGGUGUAAGCACAGACCUGUUGUCAGUGGAUAUCCAGGGCAUACUUGAUGACCUUCAGCUGGAGUGCAAAGCCGCGGAAAAGGAUGAGAGGGCCCGACAAAGGUCUCGAGGAGGGAGCAGUGGUGUAAGAGGGAGAGGGGCCUCAUGGUCACGAACAAGGACUCCAGUCUCUGCUUGGGGAACUACUGUGCCAACAGGUAGCUCCUCAAGAGGCUGCCGCAGUGCCAGCCCCACUACACACAGACCAGAGACUGUUAGCAUGGCUGACAGGGGACAGAAAAAGCGCCACUAUGAUGCAGAUAGCGUUCGCCAGUACAUUGCCAGGCAGCAAGAGGACAGAAAGAGGCGUCAAGCUGAAGAGAAGAAGGCAAUGAGGGAAGAGGCAGAGAAGAGAAACCAGAGGCUACAGGAGCUUUACAGGAAGCAAAGAGAAGCUGCUAAAACAGUGGCCCUUCCCAGUGAGGCACCUGUAGCACCUGUACAAAAGCGAUUACAUGAGACCUACAACAAACUGCUGCUGGAAGAGGCCCAGCUGGGCGAAGAGGCCACACAGACACAACUUGCUGCUCCUUCUAUUCAAAUGAGGCCGAUGUACCAGCCUUCAGGAGAGUCGGAUAAAGAGAAUAAAAGACUAGAGCAACCACAGAGCCCCUCAAGCAGUGAUAGGUCUUUGAAUGAUCAGCCACCUCCGCCAUUAUCCAGGAAUGAUUUGGAUGUUGGAGUUUCCUCCUUGUUUCAGCCCGACCACCUGAGCCCAGCUGUCCGACCCAGCAUUGGUCCUAACAGCAGUGCACUAGCACCUGUUAAUGACCAUCUCCUUUCCCAGCUUCUCAGGCUGGACACCACGGUUGCAGCUGGUGACAUUAGGCACACUCAGCGGCCAGCCACUGCACCUUCCAAAAGGUCACAAUCCAAAAUGUCCCGCAUAGAAACCCUAAAGGCCACAGCCGCGUCCCUCUCUAAUCGUAUAGAGAGUGAGGCACGGAAGCUUGCUUGGGAAGGAAUCAACUAUGGUACAGCAACUUCAGUGGAUGUGGAUUCUAUUUUGGCUCCUAGGUCCUCUCAGGCUAAUCUUGAUGAUGGACGCUGGGCAGAAACAUCUCCUCGUGCCCCAACAGAAAAUAAUGACAUGGCAAUGAGAAUCCAGAGGAUUUUGACUAGCACAGGUCAUAGCUCAUUCAAUGGCAACACUCUUCCAGGAGUAGGAAAUCUGCACACCCUCAGGGGACAUAAAGAAAAGAAUAGUAAGCACCCCAGUUUGACCAAUCCACAAAUAACUUCUGCUGAUCUAACAGGGCACAUCAGUAACAAAUAUACACAAGAUAGGAGGAAGCUCGUCAAUGGCUUGGAGAAGGUGGAGAGAAUAGAUAAAAUGCCACAAAGGAUGGAGUAUGGAGCAGUAGAAGACAAGGAGGAGAAACGAUCAGACCUCCAUGACUCAAGUGCAGGCUCCAUCAGUGAGGGUCCUCUGCUGAGUGAAGGCAGUUUCUCCGAGGAUGAAGCAAGCCCCGCUCACCCCUCCAGCCAUCGUGUACCUAGACCAGCAGAUUGCCUGGAGGCAGUGGAUUUCUGUGCAAGUCAAAGAAGAGACUACCAGCGUCUCUCUGAGUUCCGGAGGGAGGCAGCAAAGUGCUCGGCCCUCAGUCCAAUCUUUGCUCAGCAGGACAGCAGCAAAGCAGCCUGGGAGGAGCUGAACAAAGGAAGCCCUCUAAGUGUAAUCAACAUUUUCACCAAGAACCUUCAAGGCCAACAUAAAGCGAGUGAGAGAAACUCUCCCUCUGCACAUUCUGCCCACUCUGGAAAUUACUCCAGAGAUGCAGCAGUCUAUGAAGAUGACUUUGUGUCAUCUCACAGCAGUGGAGCCAGUGGUCAGUUAAAGAGAGGCUCCAAUUCACCCAGUGUGAACAGUCACUUUGAGGAGCUGAUGAGGAGGUCUCCUUAUGAGAAAAAUACAGGAGGCAUCAGUUCCCACCAUUCAUCCUUCCAUUCAUCUGUUCACUCACCGCAUCUUUCAUCUGGUUCCCCAUCUGGUUCUUCAGCCCUCUCAAAGCACUCCACUAGAAAAAGAGGCACAGCAUCAGACCAAAGUGAUGCCACUCUGGUGGAAGAGCAGAGAAGUUCCUGCUCACCCCCCUCAGAAGCACCAUCCUCAGACUCCAGGAAGAGAAGCUCAGAAAAAAGCCCUGCUCACAGCCAAGCCAAGAGUGUCCACUCUAAUGACACUUUAGGGGAAGCUUCAGGGCAUUCUCACCAAAGUUUUGGGCUGGAUGGUAAGAAGUCUCCUGCAGCACAACCCAGACUGGCUUCUCCCUCUGGCUCUGGUUCUCCUCCAGGAGCAGGUUCUCCCUGUGAGCCUCUGAGAGGUGGCUCUCUGCCGGGGGCAACUAACCUGAAUACAGCAACCUCAGCCCGCAGUGCUAGAGCAGAGACCAGGACCGCAAGUGAACUACAAUAUUCGCCCGCUGUCUUGCAGCAACGUAUGACAGCAGAGCUCCAGUACCUGGAAUCCAUUGAAGAGUCAGUCCGACAGCUGGGAGACGUAGAAAGGCUGAUGGGUGUGUCCAUGGCUCAGCAAGAGAGUGCGUCAUUGGCCCAAAUGCUCAAGGUCAAGCAGCAGCGCCAUGAGCGUGACCUUUACGAGCUGAAGAUCAAGGCUGAGAGAGAAGCUCUGGAGACAAAGCUACAGCUGGAGGAAAACAGACAGAGAGUGGCCAGGGCUCAUAUUGAGCUGAAGGAAAGCUUGGCAACGACUCAAAAAGAGACUUUGGAGGGCCUCCAGGAUGCAACUACAAAGAUGAUGAGUCAACAGGCUGAUGCAGCACGUUACACUGCCGAUGCUGCCCGACACAUCAAGGAGAUGACAGAACUAGUUCAGUCACAGAUUGCAGGAGCUUUGACUGUCCCUCCUGUUGCCACUGAUUCCUCCACAUUGAACCAGGACCAACAGGAAGAAAAGCAGAGCUUCUACACAGAGCAACAACAUGACAAAUCUGAUUCUGACAGCUUCCAGAGUCAGGAGUCAAGCAGAAGGACCAGGCCAGAGGAACCACUGUCUUCACUUAAUAGCCUCAGUCACUCUGACUCUCUGUCCUUCAGAAGACCCAACCUCAGUGGAGCAGACUCUAUAGCCCAUAGCCCGUCGCUUGUGUCUUCAGACCAUACGGAGCGGAUGAAAAGAGAGGCGGCAGAGUUAAAAUGGAGGAAGGGGGCAGGUGAGGAGAGAACAGAGAGGGAAGCAGGCAGCAGUUCCAUUGAGGAAGAAGUUCCUACAGCAGCUAAUGACUCGCUCUGCAGUGAGAGCAUCCCUUCUGUAGUGGAUGAGAAAGGUGACAGUACAUCAGUUGCCACAGAAUACUCUCUCAAGUUUGAUGAGUCCAUGACAGAAGAUGAGAUAGAAGAGCGCUCCUUCCGCUCUCUGCUGCCAUCUGAGGCACACCGCCGUGGGACUUUGGAGAAGAAGCCCCGCCACCAUGAAGAAUCAGAGGACGAUGGUGCAAAUCACAACACGACAUUGGUUCCUGGGGUACACAGUACCUUAAAGGAUGCGAGUAUUGCCUUCUCUGGUGGACAGGACAGCUUUUCCCAGUUCACCAUGGACAUGGUGCGUCAGUACAUGAAGGACGAGGAGGUGAGACUGCAGCAUCAGAGCUCUCUGCUGCGUCUUCGCCAGAAAGCUCUCAAGGAAAAAACCAGGACUGAGCUGGCUUGGCUUGAGCACCAGAAAAAGAGGCUGAGGGACAAGGGGGAGGAUGACAAAAUGCCACCUCUUAGGAAGAAGCAGAGGGGCCUUCUGAUGAAACUACAGCAGGAGCAGGCUGAGAUCAAGCGGCUUCAGGAGGCCAACAAAGCAGCAAGAAAAGAAAGGCAGCUGUUACUAAAGCAGCAGGAGGAGAUUGAGCGGAUGAGAAAUUCUACACUGAGACUGAAGGAGCGUCUCAAGUGUGCUGGGGGUGAAGUGCCAUCUGAGACUCCAGCUUCAGAAACCCUUGUGUCAGAGGCAGCCUCCUCCAACAUGAUGCGCUCUGAUGAUGUCCGCAGCCCCUCUCCCUCGCUCUCAAUCUCAGGAAGUGAGACAAGCAGCAUCAUGCAGAAGCUCAAGAAGAUGCGCUCUCAUAUGGAUGAAAAGUUCCUGACAAAACGAGAGCAGCAGCUGAUGCAGAGGCGUCACCAUGCCGAGGAGCUGCUGCAGUGGAAACAGCGGCUUGACCAGGAGGAGGCAGAGAUCCGCAAGAUUGAAAAGGAAGCCUUGGCUGUCUGGGACAAGGAUCGUGCUGUGUCAGAGAGUCAGAAAAAGGAGAUCUCUGAUAUUAGUGCCAGCAGCAGUCACCACCGAAACUCAGAACCAAGAACUGACAGCGAGAAAGAGUAUUUGAGUGAGGUUGACACCCCCUCAGUGACACCUGAAUCCAGUAUACACACAGAAGGACAGGGGUCCCAACAAUCAAGAAGUCCAUCUUCAGCACAGCCUGCUUCAGUCCCUGAAACACCUUUGGCCUCCAUCCAGAGCAGCCCUGCAAAUUACACCCAGGACUUCACGUCAGCUUCACCUAGUGUGGUGGCUUCUCCAUUCAGAGUCAGCCACAGCCCUGCUCUCCCUCCUUCGGAUGGCAGCAGCAAAGCCAAGAUGCAGCUUCGGUCCUCCUCCCGGACCCCCAACCAGACCCGAAUUCAGCCCACUGACACUCCCAUGGCCAUGCAGAGUGAACCCAUUUCAGACCAGAGUGACAUAGAGAGUCGUAUCACGGCCCUGAAGGAAGAACUCAGAAAACGAAAGUCUAUGGCCUACCAGCUCAAGAAAGAGCAGAAGAAGAGGAAUAAGGAGCGCCUGAAGGCACAGGAGGCCAGCCUACUGAAACAACUGGAGAACUAUAACAACUUCAUUGAGAAAACAAAGGCAGAACUGAACAAGGAGCCAGACUCAACACCUGAUACCAAGUCCCAGAUCAGAGAUUCCACCUCAGUCGUGGAGCAGUCCAGUAUUAAACUACCUGCACACAGGUCUGAAACCAGCAAACUCUCUGACUCUAAAGGGACACAAAUCAAUGCUUCAUUAGAUCACAAUGCCCGUCCUCAACCAGAUUAUGGUAGAUCCACCUCAGUGCCUGAAGAAUUGUCUGAUGAAGAUCCGCCAACAGUCACUCCAACCCCAGUACAUGGCAGCCCAGAGGGUCUGAACUCAAUACUGAGGAGCCAUCAGUCCACAGAUGGUCUUUUAAGACCUUCCUCCAAGGAAGCUCAGGCACAGAUAAUAGAGUCUGGGGAUGAGAACCUUGUGUCUGAUCAGAGAUCCGACAUUCAGGAAGAGUUGGAGGUGGAAAUCGGCCACAAUUUGGAGGAUCAACAUUCUGAACGUCUUCUCAAACUAGAAAAGGAAGAUAGACUUGAUUCCCAGGAGAAGCUUUCUACAUUUAAACAUUACUCCCCAACCAUAAGUAAAGAACAUCCAUCUGUUAGCUUAGAACAAGACAAACAAUUAAAGACGCGGGAAUCAUCUGAAUCAGAGGAAGAUGUACAUUCUAUCACUGCCUCUAACAAGUCACAUUCAGCUGCAGUGGAUCUCAAAACCUCACAACAUGCUAGUGUCAGCCCCUCAUUCAGUGACCAUUCCCAUUCCAUUCAUUCAGAUGCCUUCUCUUCAAAGGAGGUGGCACCCAUAAAGGACAUCGAGGCCUCCUCUCCCAUGGCAGAUGGCUAUCAUGAUGACUUUGAGUCAUCGGUGGAUUCAUCGCCCAGGGAGGAGCGUCGUAGUCCCAAGCCAACCCCUUCAAUAUCUGUUUCCCCGACUGAAAUCAAGGGUUCAAUCAAGGACUCUUCUAGCAGAGCUACGCCGUUUGACAGCCAAGACGAGGAGGUAGAGGAGGAAAUAACUGAAGAACUGAGUCACCAUACAGGGACUAGUGGUUCCAGCCAUCAGCCUGGAAACCUUCUAGAUCUUCAUAAGCAGACAGAAGACUUAAAGCAAGAGAGCAAGAGCCUUAAUUCUAGCCAUUCACCCCCCAUCUCUCCUUUGCAGACCCCCCUCUCUCCUGUUAUAGACGAAAUGCCAAGUUUUAACAUUGGAGACCGAGUGCUUGUCGGCGGUGUUCAACCCGGCACUCUGAGAUUUAAAGGUUCUACCAGCUUUGCCAAUGGCUUUUGGGCUGGUGUGGAGUUGGAUAAGUCUGAAGGCAGCAACAAUGGCACAUAUGAUGGGGUGGUGUACUUUGAGUGUAAUGAGUGUCACGGUAUCUUUGCUCCCCCAGACAAGAUCACACACCUGCCAGACAAAUAUGAGACGUACGCAGACACCACAGAGGAUGAGGACUCUUUCUUUGAUGAUCUGUCAGACAAAGGUGGGAAUAAAUGUAAAUCGGACAAAGGCAAAUCCCAAAAACAAGGAAAUCUGGAGACUAAAAGUGGACAAACUUCUCAAAAGGACGUUGGGUUUGGAGAUAAAAAGGUUAUGGAUGAGUCUGUUCACCCGAAUCACCACCACCCACUGAAAGGCGUAUCCCACCUCAAUUCGCAGCAUCACAAAGAAUCAAAGCACCCGAUUUCUAAUGGAAAGAGCUGGGACAUAAUUUUGAAUUUUGAAGAUGCACCAACCACUCUCCUCAUCUCGGACUUCGACCGGCUCAGUCUCGGGAAGCAGAGUCAGAAGGAGAUUAUUGCCCUUGUCGAGAGUAAAGAUGUAGACUCCAACCAUCAUUUAACUCCUGCUGACAUUUCCACAGGUAUCAGGGAUGAUAAGGCCGAGCAGAAGGAAAGAGUUUCACUGGACACAUUUGCAGACCAGCUCCUUAACAACUUUGUGAAAGACGCAGUGAAGCAGUUUGCUCAGAUUAAAAAGGCUAAAGAGCAGAAGAUAGAAGCUGCCAACCAGAUAAAUGGAAACCUUUUUGAAAAUGCUGAAGAAGAAGAAAAAGAACAAGAAUGGAUCUCUUCAGUGGAGCAAAAAGAUGGUCUGCCUUUCUUUCUACCUGCGGAAAAAGAGGAACUUUCUUCUCCAGAGCUUUGUAACCGACCGGAGAGUCCGGUGUUGGGAGCCAGCGGUCAAGAAGAGCUUGCCAAGCGGCUAGCGGAGCUGGAACUGAGCCGUGAAUUGCUAGAUGAGCUGGGUGAUGAUCAGGACUGGUUUGAUGAGGACUUUGGCCUCAGCUCCCGUAGGGAACAGCAGAGACUCAAACAGAAACAGAAACAGAGAGAGGAAGAGGAAGAGGCGAAGUUGGGAGGAACAGCCCUGGGGGGGCUGAUCUCAUCAUCAGGCGGGGAACAGCAGGUAAAGACUCCACCUAGACCUGAGCUUCCUCUUCCCAUGCCCCCUAAACUACCAGAGCAGCCUGCCAUGGUGGUGCCCCACUCAGCCACAGAGGUAGAGAAGAUGGUCCAUGCUGCCACUCAGGAGAUCUGGGAGAGUUGUGGCCUGGGGAAGGAGGGAGCACCAACACUUGCAAAACUGCCCUGCCCCACACCUUCACAAGAGUAUUUGGGUAAAGAAGCCAGCAGCCAGGACCAGGAGGCACUCUGUAUCUGCAGCUACAGAAAGGCUGUGUAUGACCUGACAUGGGAGAUCCUUCAGGACAUCUAUGCUGAAGACCCCAAUGCUGAUCAGCCUCAGUGGGUCAAACCACGACGUGCCAAGUCCUCCUUUUUCCACAGAGUCAAGACACCAGGGGACAUCACCAAAAUCCAGGAAUUCAUCUCAGCCGAAGUACUGAAAUUGUACGGUCUGACAAAAGAUCACAGUCAGAAGACCGACUGGCAGAAGAUGCUUAAAUUUGGCAGAAAGAAACGGGACAGAGUCGAUCACAUACUGGUACAAGAACUCCAUGAGGAGGAGGCCCAGUGGGUCAACUACGACGAGGACGAGCUGUUUGUCAAGAUGCAGCUGGCAGACAGCAUCUUUGAUGCGUUGCUUAAGGACACUGCAAACGCUCUGGGUCUAAUCUCUGAGAAGAGAGCAAAGAGAGGCAGCCUCUCCUGACAGCUUUCCUGCUUUGGUUUGAAACUAUAACUUCUAGCUCAAUCCCAGUCUUUCCUCCCCAGUAAAUUCCAGCCAACCCAUCACCGCUCGGUCUUCCACCAGCUGAUGUGCCAACAGCAACCCUCAGAUGCCUUCAGUCCUAGCAUUACCUCUCAGCUAAACAACUCCUACUUAUUUCUGAAUCUGAUUUGCUGAUUUUGCUUCAGCUAAUAGUUUUUGUAAUUUAUUUUACACACAAAACGCCUCUUGAGCAAUCCAGCCUUCUUAAACCGUAACACCAUCUAGUCUCAGUUCUCACCUCCUGCACUGGUCCUUUUGUUAUUGCCAGUUGGAGAAUGAGUAGAUGUUUUGAUAGGAUGGACUGUUCCAUUUGGUUAGCAUGUAGUCCAUCAGUGCUGCUAAGUUUAUUGUUCCAUAGUGUAGUACUGUUAUUAAAAAAAUCCCCUUGGAACAAAAGUAGGUUGCUAUAUUUUGUAUUGAAUCUUAAAGAAAAUAUAUAUAUGGGUUCAAAAUUGUAAUAGGGUAGCAGAUAGAAAAUAUACAGUGUAGUCCACAAGUGAUUAGACAGUGACGCAUUUUCUGUUGACUUGAUGACAUCGGACUUGAAAUCAAACAUCAGUGUAGUAAUUCUAGUCUUUUUAUUCAUAGUCCACUAAUUCUAGGGGACUGUGAACUUGUAUACCUUCAAUUUAAAAGGGUGACUGAAAUGUAGACGUCAGCAGACACUCCUCGUCUUCCCUGUUGAUGCCUAUCUGUGCUGCAGCCAUCUUUACUUCUUGCUUGUUUUGGGGACUUUUUGGCUUCAGUCUGGUCCUCAGCGACUACAAGACAUGCUCUGUUGGCCUGAGGUCAGGUGAUUGACAUAACCAGUCAAAACUAUUCCACUGUUUGGCCUCAUUGUCGUGCUGCAUUUUUAUACAUUCCCAUAAUUUCAUUCCCAUACAAAGUAUGGAUGUUUUUUUGUUAUAAAUUACAUUACUUCGUAAAAUGUGUCACUGAUCUAAAACCUGUAGACUUCGCUGUAAUGAAACGUCACUGAGAUCAGAUAUUGUGUGAAAUCUCUUAAAUAUAUUAUUUAUUGUGUGAAAAUGUUUGACUAAAUGAGAAAUUGUAAAUGAUCUUGACAAAAUAUAUGGAGAAGAGAUAAUUUUAAUGUGUAAAACUGUAAAAAUUGAUAAAAGCACAAACUUUAAUGUGAAUGUGAACAUGGCAAUACAUUAUGUAGGCAAUUUCAAAGAAUGCUAUUAAAACCAGAGAAGAACAUGGGAACAGUUUUAAUAUUUAAAAGUUGUAGUGCUCAUAAUUAGAAACUGUUUGUAUGACUUAUUGUGGCCAAAGCUGUCCAGUUGGUCAACACAACCACUGUGUCCCACUUCUGUGCUAUAUGUGAAUAUUAUGAAGCCUACACAUACAUUACUGUAUGCACUAAUGUUAACCCUUGGAAAACAUCCCAUACAGCCUGCAAGGAGAAUGCUUGUCCACUAAUUUUAGGUUUAGAACUAUUUUUCUUUGCUGUAACUGAAGCUUUUGCACCGCAUUUAACAUUGUUUUCUCUGUCAGUAGCUCCUCAGUAGUUGUGUGUUUGCCAUCAUCACCACGCUCAAAAGUCCGGUUGGAGUUUAAAGACACUACAUACUCAAAACACAUAAAUGGUCUAUAGUAUGCAAGUGGGACACAAAUAAUGGCAGCAGGCUUGACUUGAUAUUUUUAGAAUCACAUUUUAGGACCGUACUGAAAUGCUGGAUUUGAGCCUUACUUGUCUAACAGCCCAUUUUCCUCUCUAUGUUCCUUUUAAAAAAAUACCUGUAGUUGUCUUGUGUUUCAUGUAGCAGUACGACUGUGAGACAUUUGGCUUCACAGUGAUCGGCAAGUUCAAACCAGCCAUCAGAAUGUAGCCUGGACAGCAAUGGUAGUCUUUCUCAACAUUCAGUUUAAGUGCCUCUUUAAGUUCAAUUUCUAACAAACUGUGUCAAUUUCUCAACAUCUUUUGGACCUAUUUUCUUUGAAUGUCUCUUUCAACUGCUGUAAACUACCAUUUUGUAAAUGAUCCUUAAAUGACUGCUCUUCUCUCUGACCGGUUUAACAUUACUUCAGUUUCUGCCUUAUCAGUCUGUAUCGUUCUGUAUCGAAGCAUACUGUAGUUGAAGUUCCUUAAACCUUCUUGUUUUCCUGUGCCUCAGCUUGAGGAAUUGUACUGCUAACAAAAUGAAUGACUCACUCUAAAUGUAAUACCUGUUUCCUCUCUACGUCAGCCCCUCCGUCUGUGUGUAUAGACACAGUUGACUCAUUCUAUUGAUACACUGUAUCAGGAACUAGUUUGUGGUGACUCCACACACAAACAAAGACACAUCUCCAGCUCACAGGCUGCAAAGGGCAAGUCACAGGACUGGUGCGGCUGUGCACAUAGGAAAGGCCUUAUUUUGGUCCUCAAUGUCAGCGCUGCUUUGAUUCAACAAACUGUACGAACUCAUUUUGGUAUUUGUGGCAGAGCUCGUUAACCUUCACUGACUGUUUUGAGCUAAAGUGACCUUAAACUGAGUACUUAGUCCUGUUUUUUUUUUUUUUUUUUGUUUGUUUUUUCUACCGUCAAUAUCUAAACUGUUGCUACGGUGUAUGUUCAAACUGUAAGUUAUAUAAUGUAGAAAAAGACCAAAAAGAACAUUUGAUACCAAUCUCUCCAUGCUGUAUGACUUGUAUAUCUGGUCUGUAGGCAUAUGUAACUAUAAUGGAGACAUGAUUUUCUGCCAGGCUUUAUUGCAAACCCUCUAGGAUUGUCCUCUUUCUGAAUUGAUUGUAUGUGGAAGGAAGUUAAGUUUCCCCUUUGUAACUAUGCAGUACUUGGUCUUAUGCAUUAUUUUCUAUGUAUAGACCAGACAGCUCAGACUUCUGCUGUAGUUUGUAGAUUUAAAAAAAGAAAUUCAAGAAGUGAGAAGCUGUUUGGUGUAAAGUGGAAAGGCUCCUUUCUCUACUGGUCUGAAGUCUGCUUUCUUCACGGACUUCGAAGCAGCAACUUGAACUUUAAUAGUGUGUUUUGAUCCUUGUAAAUCUAAAAAAUUUGAAAAAAAAAGUAGGCACAAAAGAUUUGAUUAUCAAAUUAACCCCGUCAGACUAGAUUUUCAUCUUUUGCAAUGUUUAUGAAUAUUUAUAAUAAUGUGCUGUGAGUGUGCGCUAAGUGCACUUGAAGACAUGUACAAUUCUUUUAUGGAUGUAAAUAUAUAUGCGAUGUGUCUAUCCAAUCUGACCCACUGUUACUGUAACUGAAGCGAUUGUUGUAAAAUAAACACUGUUUACUUUGCAUAUAUGUACAUAUUAUAUUUGUUGACUAAAUGAACUUUGAAACUGUAAAUAAAGCUUUCAUUGUUUCUGAAGGAA